AAUCACUGUUGGAUGUAGCUUGACUUCGGGGUUUCUCUGCCUGGUGAGGCAUUCAUAUCCCAGUGCUUAUGUGGUAACAUCCAGCUUUGCUUGGCACCACCUCCAAAGUGGCCUGAAGACAGGGUUGAACAAAGACAGACAGGGUGCAUUUAUGCCUGAGACAAAAAAAAAAAACUACUAGAAAGAGAGGCUUACUAGCAGGUGAGAAAUCCAGCAGCAGGGACCAAAAGGAACAACUUGAAGACAUCUGAACUAUUAACUUAACUUCACUGACAUGGCAGCAAUGGAAGCAAUGGAGUGCUCAAGCGCUCAGCUAGAGCCACAGUCCCUCAAUAUCUCAGACGACGAGGUCAACAUCCAACACUCAGAAGAUGAAGAUGAUGUCCUUGCAGCGGCUAAGAAAGAGCUGUCCAUCAUGGAAACAGAGGGGGAGGCCACGGAAGACAAGGAUGAGUCUGGCAAGUCAGACCAGCAGGUGAAUGGGGUGCUGGUGCUCUCUUUGCUUGAUAAGAUCAUUGGUGCCGUGGACCAGAUCCAGCAAACCCAGAGCGGGCUGGAGGCCAGGCAACAAGAGAUGGAGCGCUCGGUAACCAACAUCCAGGGCGAGCUCACGAAGCUAACCAAGAACCAUAGCACCACAUCCAACAGCGUCAACAAGAUGAUGGAGAAAGUCCGGAAGGUCAGCGUCAAUGUCAAAACUGUAAGAGCCACCUUGGAGAAGCAAGGAGGACAAAUCAAGAAGCUGGAGACCAAUGAGGCCGAGCUGCUAAAGAGACGCAACUUUAAAGUCAUGAUCUACCAGGAUGAAGUCAAGGUUCCCUCCAAACUCAAUGUCUCAAAGUCCAUGCGGGUCUCUGAUUCUGUAUCAGGAAGCAGAGGAGGAAGUAUGCUAGAGCUCAAGGAAGCUACAGAUGGGCCUGGAGAGGAAGCAGAAGAAGGAGAGAAGGAAAACAAACCCACCAUAGACCUUUCCUCGGAUGAGGAGGGAGUGGCGAUCGAGGACGUCCUUGAAGAGACCCGUGCUGAGCGUAUCAAACGUAGCAGUCUACAGCGUGUACAGAACCUGAAGACAGUAUUCUCUAAGGAGAAGAUGGAUAAAACCAAGGCAAGAACCAAGCAAAACCUGGAGAAAACCAAGCAGAAAACCAAAGAGAAUCUGGAGAGGACAAAGCAGAAGACAAAAGCCAAUCUGGAAAAAACCAAACAAAAAACUAAGGAGAACAUAGAGAAUACGAAGCAAAAGGCUAAGCAAAACCUGGAGAAGACACGACACAACAUUGAGAAGAAGAUGGGAAAGCUAGGAACACGCAUGAGUGUCAACCCUGAACACAAGCAGAAACUGCAGACAUCCCGUGACAAGAUGCAGAAAGCCUUCACGCCCGAUCACGUGGUUUACGCCCGUUCCAAGACUGCUGUGUACAAGGUGCCGCCUUUCACCUUCCACGUCAAGAAAGUCCGUGACGGCGCCAUCGAGGUCGUCCAGGGCACUGAGAUGGUGGAGGUCUCCCAGAAUUUUGAGCCCUUCAACGAAGUGGAUGAGGAGGUCGAGGGAGGUGCGGUGGAGGUCGAGAUGGAGAUGAUGAAUGGUGGAGGAGAAGAUGAAGACGAAGACGAAGAGGAAGAGGAGGAAGAAGAAAGCCAUGAUGCCAUGGAAGAUAACGAGGAUAAAGACAGAGACAGCGACUAGAAAGAGAACAAGGAGUUUGACAAAGUGUUUUACAUCAACCAUGAGGUUCUUUUUGUAUUAAAAAAAAUGAAUCCAGUGUAAGAAUUGAACGGAUCUCUUCUAUUUUCAUUCAAUUUGAUCUUACUUUUGUUAUGUGGCCUCUUGUUCACUUAAGGACAUCACAUCAUGUGUCCAUGCCUAUAAACUGUCAUGUGGUAAAGUUAAACCAGGAUAAUUGCCAAAUAUCUUUAAAUAAUUAUUUGAAUAACUAACACCAUCAUACUUUGACCAUUCUAUUACAAGGGCCUCAGAAAAUGACUGACGCUAUUUGACCUAACACUUUUCUUCGGGGUAUUAAAGCUGUGUUCGUUCCAGCAGCAAAAGCAAAUAGAACAAAUCAUGACCCAAUUUAAAUAAAGCAUUUGCAAAGGGAGCUGGCGGGCCUUAACCCAAAAAACAAAACUAAAAAUCCAUGGCCAUAUAUAUAUUUUUUUUUUUUAAAUAAAUGCCUUAAUAGGAUUGGUUGCCUUGCUUUACCUUCUCAUGCAGUUUCAGUCUAGCAUUCUCUACUUAUUGCAAGCCUUGCUUUCAUUCACAUUUGAAACUAUUUGUAGGUGUGCAGUCAACUAGGAAAGUAUUAUGAAUAGUAUUUGUAUUCACAGUAUUCUCCCCCACUCCAAAUUAUACAUUAUUUGCAUGUUUAAAAAAGACACGAGUUACGUGCAAUGUAACAACCAAACAUGUUGCGUUCAACACAACGAAUACAAAUUCAACACAAGCUUAAAACCACAGUAUCCAAAGUGGGGGAGAAGGGGGGGAGGGGGCUCAAUAGGGAGCUAAUGGAACUGACAAAAGUUACAUAUCUCUUCAAAAUGUUUAGUGGAAUUUCAGCUUGCAAAGCAAGAAAUUCAAUCCCACCUCUCCUGGGUAUCCAACAAUUAAAUCAUUUCCCAAAAUGCUGACAGGAGGAGGACAGCCUUAAGCAACACUUUUUAUCCAUUUAUUUAUAUGACCUUAACCUUCAAAACAAGUAUUUAAAUGAUAAACUGAAAAUUUCAGGAAAAUUAUUCAAUCAGUUUAGGGUGUACAGUACACCGCCUCCUGCCCGAUGAUAGCUGGGAUAGGCUCAGGCACUCCCGUGACCCUUGUGAGGAUAAGCGGCUCAGAAAAUGGAUGGCGUUGAAACAAAUCUAGGGUAAAUGGGCAAAUAAUUCACAGGCACACCUGCACUCAUAACCAGAUUUAGUGUAAUGUAUAUGAGAAAUGUAAAGAAAAUCCCUUCAUUUGAUGCAUGUCGUUGGAAAUUAGUAGAUACAUAAAAUAUGAAAAAAUGUUACAGAAAACAGUAUAAAGUAUUUAUUCAUGCUUCAUGCUAAAAUUCCAAACAACUUCAUUAAGUACCAAUUAAUCAAUUACCAUCCCAAAUUCCUUUCUUUUCAUUUUCCAAAGAAAGAGGAUCAGAUAAUUUUGAGGUCCUAGGUUUAGUUAAUGGUCUUAUAUAUUUUUCUUUUUUUUUUUUUUUUGUGAUGAACUAAGAAAAGGACCAAUAUGCAGAGUAAGUCUCAUAAGACGCGAUAGACACAAAGUCGACUUUGUGUAUCCUGAAAGAGCCCGAUAGUCACGCAAGUUGGAAAAGAAAAUCGCACAAUCCUGCAGUCUGCUCCUGCCCCCUGGGGCUCAAACAUUUCGCGACGGUUUUGUUGGCUCGAGAUGAAAAAUGCAACUCAGCUACACACAUUCACAAGCAUUUCACUAAAAUGGGCAUACGGUAUACAGUAUAAGUCCAACAAUUUCAAUAUUUGUUUGACUAAUGUGUUAUCAAUUGUAUACUUUGUCUACUUGUUUUCGAUAAGUGUCUUGUGGGUCAAACACAUAUGAAUUAACUAUUUGAAUUAAUGUUUUUUGAUGACUGCAUUCCUUUGGCAAGAUCAAAUAAAAGUCCACGCGCAUGUGAUUUUCAAAAAUAAGCAUGGAGUAGGGAUGGUGGGAUAUGGGAAAUUUGGCUGGGGAAGUACAAAUAAAUGCUGUAAAGGGCAUUAAAUGUCAAGUUCUACAGCCAUUAAUGUCAAAACUUGUUUCUGGCGCAGAAAUGUGCUGAAUUCGUGUUUGAUUUUGUAAAUAAGCACGAUGCCGCUCAUAAUGCAUAUACAGUAGUGGAUUUUGCAUACCAGAGAACACAAUGGAUACAGCUCCCGGCACAUACCCUGCAUUUAGAAGUUUCUUGAGCCAAAACUGACACGCGUAUGAUAGAUGAUAAAAUAUUUUAGCUUUUUUUAAUGCACAAUUUAUUUUAGUGGUUUCAUGAUCAGCACUUCAAAGUCAUUUAACAUUGUUGAAACUGAUGAUUGUACAAUGUUUCAUUACUUAACCACUAAAUAAUUAAUAAAAGCUAUUUAGUGUU